AUGAUUGCGUCGUACGGUCGUCUUCUUACGGCCGUCUGUGCUCUCGCCAGCACUGCCGCCGCCGUGGCUCCUCUCGAGGUCAAGGGCAAGGACUUCGUCAACUCCAAGACCAAUGAUCGUUUCCAGAUCAUCGGUGUCGACUACCAGCCCGGUGGUGAGUCUGGUUUCAGCUCCAAGAAUGACCCCCUGAGCAAUGGCGACAUUUGCCUGCGUGAUGCCGCGCUCAUGCAGCGUCUGGGUCUCAACACUAUCCGUGUGUACAACCUGGACCCCAACCUCAACCACGACAAGUGCGCCUCGAUCUUCAACGCGGCCGGCAUCUACAUGAUCCUGGAUGUCAACUCGCCCCUAUCCAACGGCGCCCUGAACCGUGGCAAACCCUGGACCAGCUACAAUGACAAGUACUACGAGCAGGUCUUCGGUGUGAUCGAGGCCUUCAAGACGUUCAACAACGUUCUGGGUUUCUUCGCCGGUAACGAGGUCAUCAACGAGGAUGCGACUUACUCCACCCCCAAAUACGUUCGCGCCGUCGUUCGUGAUAUGAAGGAGUACAUCUCCAAGCACGCUGACCGUGAUAUCCCCGUUGGUUACUCGGCUGCCGAUGUCCGCGACAUUCUGAUGGACACCGCCAACUACUUCGAGUGUGAACUCAAGAACUCCACCAGCUCUCGCGCUGACUUCUUCGGCCUGAACUCCUACUCGUGGUGCGGUGACUCCAACUUCGAGAAGAGUGGUUACGACACCCUUACCGAGGACUUCUCCAACGCUACCCUGCCCAUCUUCUUCUCCGAGUACGGCUGCAACAAGGUUAAGCCUCGCAAGUUCACUGAGGUGCAGGCUCUCUACGGCAAGGAGAUGACCCAGGCUUUCUCCGGUGGACUCGUCUACGAGUGGACUGAGGAGGACAACAAGUACGGUAUCAUCAAGGCCGAGAAGGACGGCAGUGUCAAGACUCUGGUUGACUAUGACAACUUCCGCAGCGAGCUCAACAAGCUUGACAUGAAGCAGGUUAUGGCUAGCAACGGCACCCAGACCAGCGUCAAGCCCAAGACUUGCAGCCCGGACAUCAUUGUCGACAAGAAGUUCUACAACGCCUGGGAUCUGCCUGAGGCUCCCUCCAAGGUUUCGGACAUGAUCAACAAGGGUCUGUCCGAUGCUCCCUCUGGCAAGUGGGUCAAGGUUGAGGCCACCACCAUCCCCAACAAGGUCAUCGACAAGGAUGGCAAGACCAUCUCCGAUGUCAAGUUCGAGAUCCUGAGCACCGACACCUCCAACUCUCCCAGCACCCGGUCUGGCACUUCCAGCAGCAGCUCCGAGUCCUCCUCGAAUGCUGCUGUUCCCAACGGUCCUCCUUCCCUCGCUCUUGGCGGUGUCGGUGGUCUGUUCAUGCUCCUUGCUUCCCUCCUGUAA